AGACUGUAUUGCGCUCGUGUCGUUUUGACAGUUGGUGGAAGUGAGGAGUAAGAGUCUGUGGGGCUCAAUAAACAGUAUUAGGAUCGUCUUGUUCAAAAUUCUCAUCAAUAUUUUCAAAAGGCCUGAAAACACUCUAUACGUGUGUUUCUGGACUGUCAUUUUCAUCUUGUGCGUUUUCCGGCCGUUCGGAGCCGAAUAAAUACGGUAUUCCGAUUGGCUCAUCCGGCUGUCCAUUAAGACAUUGCUAUUGUGGAGGUGCCGGUGUUGGACUGGGGAGGACAAGGUAUGACAACUUGGAGUUAAUGCUAUGGCGUGAUGAUGGAAGAAGAAACUAGUGACACCGAUUUAAAUAACGAUUCACUUGAGCUGCCAGUUUUCAGCUUUACUGGCCUUCGAAGCCACACAGCCUGUGAUGGUGCAUUUGGUUUCAAGCACAGAACUCCAGAACAUUCAAACUCGGUUGUUAUAGAAGGUUCAGACUCUGAAAAUUAUGACCCUCCACUGGCCAAAACUAGUUGUUCUCAGACAAAUCUCAGGCAUUCUGUUAAACGCUUGCCUAAUGAAGUAGUAACAAUUGCAAGUAGUGAGAGUGAUGGUGAUGAGGAUCUUGUUAUCCCUCUAGCAGAGAGACUGAAAAGAAAGCUCACUAAAAACCAAAAUGUGGAGAAGUUUGACUACUCAGUUUCUAAAUCUAGUCAAGAAAAUUCCAAACCUAACUCUUUACUCAAGGCAUCAAUUCCCAGUACCUGUCAAAUUAACCGAGAUGAUUCUGAAAUUAAGGAGACUGAAGUUGCUCGGCACAGUAAAGGCCAAGACGCAGAACCUGUGUUUGUUAGACGGAAAGCUUUUCAUUCACACUCUACAUGGGACAUUUCAGACUCGGAUGAGGGAGAUGAAGCUUGUAAGUGGCAAACAACAACUUCACAUAUUCCAGAUUUAAAUUCAGCUCAACUGCAUGGUAGGAAUGCAUGUUCCUCUACAAAAGCAGCAUCAAAUUCAUUCCAACCACACACAAAACUAAAAAGGAAUGUAGUAGAAAUAGAAAAUGCUCGAUCAGAGGCACUAAGAAAGCAGCAAGAAAGAGAGCAACGGAAAGCAGAGAAAGAAAAUAUUCAGCGGCAAAAAGAAGAGGAAAGAGUGAUGAGAAAGGAGUUAGCCAACAUUGAGAAAAUGUUCAGGCCAGGGGAAUGUCUGAAACACAUGCUAGUCUCCAUUGAUCCAGGGCUGCUUCAGGUAGAUGGUGGUGGACAACUGCUGAGCACUCUACAGACCAUGGAGGUUAAGUGUGUGAUAGAAAAUCAGACUAUUCCCCACAGUAUGACCUGGAAGAGAAGACAGGCUUGUAUUGCAGGGCAGCUGAUGAAUGAAAAGACCGACUGGGUGGAGGAGCUUCACGUUUUGAUCUAUAUUCCACUAGAGGAGUUCGUAUCUAUGGUUUACAACUCUAAACAGGAGGUACAAGGUGCUUCUACUGAAGGCCAUACAACAUUACAGAGCUUUGCUCAUGAUAUUCUUCAGAAAAGUGCAAGUAGGAUUCCAUGUUUUGUUGUUGUGGAGUUGGAAAGAUAUUUCAGGCCACAGAAGAAGCAAAGGUCACAGAAGAAGCACCAGCAUACAGUGCCAAAUGAAGAACAAGACAAACAGAGAAAGGCAAAGGGCUGUGACCAUCAUCUGCCUUUAAUAUCACGAGCAGAUGUAGAAUUAGCCCUAGUGCACUUGCAGCUGUCUGUCGGCACUCAGUUCCAAUUAUUGGAGACUUGGAAGGAGUUUGCAGAUUAUAUCAGCAUGUUCACCAAAGCUGUAGCCGAGGCCCCUUUCAAGAAAGCUCGGGAGAACAACGGAUUAUCUGUGUACUUGGCGAAUGAUGGUUCCAGAGGGGUAAAAGUGGAUUGUUCAGUGAAUGGUCUCCUGUGUGUUUGGAAGAAACAGAUCCAGCAAUUAAACAGAGUUAGCUCUGAGAUGGCAAAUGCUAUUGUGUCAGUCUAUCAGUCACCAUGGUCACUUAAACAGGCAUAUCGAAUGUGCAGUUCGGAGCGAGAGAAGGAGAAUCUGCUUGCUAAUAUUCCCGUUCGACGUGGAGAAGGAACAACAUCAACAACGCGAAGGAUUGGGCCUGAGCUCUCAAAACGAAUCUAUUUGUUGAUGACUUCAAUGGAAUCUGAAACUUUUCUUGAAUAACAGUGACAAAUCGCCAGCGCCUGUUGCAGAAGUGUCUGAAACCAUUUAGCUUUUUGAUUCCUUUCCAUGGAAUGUUGUCAUCAUCAAAUGGCAGGCCAAAGGUCUUAAGAGAUUUUUAGUUUCACACUAGGAGGGUUGUAUAGAAAUCAGUUACCACAUUUUAAGUUAUUACCAUAGCUGUAGUAGUCUCAGUACACUAACGGCUGAUGUACAAUUCUUCAUUGGUUUAGUUUUAUUGGAGAAUUGUAGUUCUCCUACACUAUGUUUUGAGUUAUGAAAACAUUUACCUCCAUCACUCUCAAUCAGCACGUGGACUGGUUAAUAAGACUUGCUUUUUUUUUGUUAUUUUUGCUACUUGUUCCUUGAUGAGAAGGCAGGUGAAGCAUUUCCUUCUUGGGGUCCUCACCAAGGCUGCCACAAAACUAGGCAAUGGGAGAGAUAGAACAGUGCACUUCCUCACUUUUGGGGCCUCACAUUAAAUUCUGUGCUCACCUGAGCUGCUUGAACUCCUGAAAAAUGGCUGGUUCUUCGACCUAGCUCAUGGGUUAGUCCAUGUCCAUGUCCAGGGUAUUCACUCACUGCCCUUGCAUCUUAUGAGUGCUAUGUUCCCAGUGAAAGACACUGCAGGCAUUUACCAGGGAUAUGAAACCACUUGUCAUCUGCUUGAUCUUAUGCUGCUCAGAUUCACCAUCUACGUGAAGCUGAAAAUUACUGGUACUCUCGUCAGUCCUUGAGAGGACGUGAUGCUACCUGCCACUGCUUCUGCUGUCUCCUCUUGUUACGUAUCUGUGAAAUGCUGACCAGAUUGUUGUACAAGUAGAAUAGAUGGCACAGAAUGUAUCAGUGUUAGCGGAGGAAGUGCAAGAUGAAUAAAAUGCUGUAGUGGCUGCCUGAUGGAGUUGCAUCCGA